GCAACGGACACAUCUUGGCAUUCCAAAGCAUUAUGAUGUCACGCCUGACGCUUUUUGGCAGCCGAUAUUAGCUAAGACUGACACAAACAGAAACUCAGUACAGAGAUAAGGUCUUAACGCGUACCACUAAUAUUAGUGUCAUUGCACAGUUAAGAACGAGCACUGUCAGAAAUAUGGGAGUUACAUCAUGUGUGAGAACUUUUGGUGUGCUUUAGUUGGAAGAGAAGCCUUAAGUAGGCUACCUGUGUGCCUUACCAGUUGCCAAAUACUAGUAGGUAAACACUGUCUUGUGUUCACAGGAGUGUUCACAAUUUUCCAUCUGCAAAAUUGAGAAAACUCAACUUGAGAACUUCCUCAAGCAACAGAGGGCCAAAGUUUCAGAAAAUGAAGCUUAACCCUAACUUUAAACAAGAUGGUCCUUACAUGGAAACAAGGGAGUACGGUGCCUCCCUCAGAAGAGAUCCCUCCACUCUGACUGAAGGGGGGAGAGGGGUGUACAUGGGCCACCACCCGGCCGAGGGCAGGGGUCCCUGGGCUGAGGAGGGUGGACCUCCCUAUAGAGAGAGCAGGACCACCAGACUGGGAAGGGUGGAGCCUGUUGAGCGGAGGGCACCAACGUACAAAGAGGAACUAGAACAGCAGAUCCAGGAGAAGCAGGAGCGCCUGAGGCUGGAAAAGAAAGAAAGAGACUGGGCUGAGGCCAAGAUGGAGGCUGAAAUGAAAAACUACAACCCAUGGGGCCGGGGAGGGUGCGGCGCACCCCACAGAGACACCCGAGGGGACCUCAUAACUGACCUGAAGCAGAUGCACAGGCAGAAUGAGGAAGCUUGGCUGAACCCCGAGACCUCUGAGACAAAAGCCAAUAUCACCAGGCCCAACCUGAGAGAGGACAGACUGCUGCCUCCUAUCAACACAGUCUCAGGUUGUGAUCAUGUCCAGACCAGUGACAUUUUCAGCAGGUCGUUUGCUAACCAGCAGACAGGGCCGCACUGGGGGCAACACCUGGCCGGGGGCAGGGGUCCCUGGGCUGAGGAGGGUGGACCUCCCUAUAGAGAGAGCAGGACCACCAGACUGGGAAGGGUGGAGCCUGUUGAGUGGAGGGCGCCAACUUAUCAGGAGGAACUGGAACAGCAGAUCCAAGAGAAGCAGGAGCGCCUGAGGCUGGAAAAGAAAGAAAGAGACUGGGCUGAGGCCAAGAUGGAGGCUGAAAUGAAGAACUACAACCCAUGGGGCCAGGGAGGGUGCGGCGCACCCCUCAGAGACACCCGAGGGGACCUCAUAACUGACCUGAAGCAGAUGCACAGGCAGAAUGAGAAUGCCUGGCUGAACCCCGAGACCUCUCAGAGAAAAGUCACCAGGCCCAACCUGAGAGAGGACAGACUGCCUCCUGUCGACACAGUCUCAGGUUCUGAUCAUGUCCAGACCAGUGACAGUUCCAGCAGGUCGUUUGCUAACCAGCAGACAGGGGCGCACUGGGGGCAACACCUGGCCGAGGGCAGGGGUCCCUGGGCUGAGGAGGGUGGACCUCCCGAUAGAGAGAGCAGGACCACCAGACUGGGAAGGGUGGGGCCUGUUGAGCGGAGGGCGCCAACUUAUCAGGAGGAACUGGAACAGCAGAUCCAGGAGAAGCAGGAGCGCCGGAGGCUGGAGAAGGCAGAGAGGGACCGGGCUGAGGCCAAGCUGGAGGCCGAAAUCAAGAACUAUGACCCAUGGGGCCGGGGAGGGUGCGGCGCACCCCUCAGAGACAACCAAGGGGACCUCAUUACUGACCUGAAGCAGAUGCACAGGCAGAAUGAGGAAGCUUGGAUGAACCCCGAGACCUCUCUGAAAAAAGCCACCAGGCCCAUCCUGAGGGAGGACAGACUGCCUCCCAUCUACACAGUCUCUGGUUUUGCCCCUGUUCAGACCUCGAUGUAUGCCAGAGGAAAUGUGUUUCCUAAUCAGCCAACGCUUCAUCAACUUACUGAACUGGAUAAGUAUAAGCUUGGUCUAAAAAAACAGGUACAGUGUGGUAUGGUUUGGGAUGUGUCAUGUAUAGAUUUCAAGACCCUGGCCUCUGGUGGCUGUAGGGUCUUUUAGCUUCAACAAGCCAUUGAUUUGAUGGAUGUUGUGUACUGUACACAAACACACGCACACACGCGCACACACACACACAGGUACAUGAUGUUGUAUAACAAACUGUUUACCUUUCGGGCCCUGCCCAGAUUGAGGAGAAGCACCUUAAGGAGGCAGAGGAGAGGGAGAAGCUACGCCUGGAUGAGGCAAAGGAAGAGAGGAGGCUGGCAGAGCAGAGAGCUCAAAUGAAGAGGGAGUUUGAAGAGGAGAAGGAGAUCCGAAAACUCAAGGAGAUGGAGAAAAGGGGCAAAAACAAGGAGCUGGUCCGUCUUGCAGAGG